UAAAAUCUGGCAACAUCAGUUAAAGCAUUGUCACUGUCAACCAUGUAAACAAUAAACUUAGGUUAUGUAGGUGAAGUGGGAAGUUUUGCAAAGGCCUAAUGGAAACUCAAUUGAACCUGUCCAACUGCUGCAGGACCUGCUUAAGAACAACCGGUGAUUUAACCCCUUUGGAAUCCAACGACCAGGAUGCCGUCAAGUUCACAUGCAAGCUCCAGUCCUGCCUAUCGGAUAUUCUGUGGAUUCACGAGGAUUUUCCCCGUUUUAUCUGCAACUAUUGCAUUGGACAGCUAAGAGUGUCGUACAACUUUCGAAACAACUGCAUCAACACCAACCAGUCCUUGCAAAAGUGCUUGAAGAAAGUCCAGCAACCCAAGGUGGAGGAAAAUAAGGUUUUAUACAAUUGUCUGGCUACUGGACAAGCACAAAACAUUGUGUCAGUUGGGGACGGGAAUAAUGCGGAAUACAUUCAAUUUUAUGAUAGUGCAGGGCAAUUGGCUAAAAGAGACUCUGAACAGAGCGACCGCAGCUCUUCCCGCGGUCCCACUACAGAAUCUGCUAAAGAAAAUUUUAGUAAUACAUACAAUCAACCACAAGCAAUUGAAAUCGAGGUGCGCGACAUCCAGGAAAUCUUUAUCCAGGACAAGCCGACGGAUAUCAAGGAUCAGGGCAAGGUGAUUUUGAGCAAUGGCCAGGAAUACAAUAUAGAUGACCUCGAGAUUGCUGAUGAAAAUGCGAUACCUUUAAACGUCGUCCCCAAACCAGACAGUAUUAAAAAUGCUCACUACAGUGAUAUCGUGAUUACACGCUACGGAAAUUCGCAAAGCGAAGCAAUAUUGGGGGCUGAUCAGGUAAUAUCAGCAAAAUUGCUGUCGCCAUCUCCAGGCCCCUCACAGGGCAAGCAAUCGUCCAUUGACGGAAAUAAAACCUCAACCAGCAACACCAACACAUGCUCAGUGUGCGGCAAUACGUACAAGAAAAGGGCGAACUUGAAAGUGCACAUGAGAAGCCACACAGGCGAGAAACCUUUUGAGUGCAAAUACUGUGUCAAAAAGUUUCAUCACUCAUCGCAUUUAAAGGAGCACAUCAGACGACAUAUGGGGGAAAAGCCCUUCCCAUGCACCGUUUGCCCGAAACGCUUCACCAUAAAGGGGGAACUGACGAUGCACAUGAAGUCGCAUACCGGCGACAAACCAUUUGCGUGCACUAUUUGUGAUAGAAGGUGUUUGACUUCAUCAGACUUGAAAAUCCACGUUCGGACGCACACAGGCGAAAAACCAUACUCGUGUGAGCAUUGCGAGCGGAAGUUUAGCAGCCCAUACAUAUUGAGCUCUCAUUUAAAAAUACACACAGGUGACAGGCCAUUCCCAUGCACGAUCUGCGAGAAAACUUUCACUCAAUCGUCCCACUUGAGCGUGCACAUGAAACGACACACCGGUGAAAAAUUUGCAUGCAAACUCUGCCCGGCGACGUUUACACAUUCAUCGCAGCUGACUGUCCACAAUCGGGAGCAUACAGGCAAACAGCCCUAUAAGUGUGUGGUAUGCGAUAAACUGUGCAAUUAUGCUUCCGAGCUGCAGGCUCAUAUGAGCAAGCACACUGGCGAAAAGUUCACCUGCACCAUUUGUCAGAAACAAUUCACUACCAACACUUAUCUGCAGGAGCAUACCAGGGUGCACACUGGAGAGAAUUUGUUCGCUUGUACGGUGUGCGAUCGGAACUUCACAAGACAGCAGUAUCUGCUGAAGCACAUGCGAACGCAUACAGGGGAUAAACCUUUUUCCUGCUCUAUAUGUCAGAAGACCUUCAGCCAGGCCUCCAGUUUGAAGGUUCACUCGAGGAUUCAUACGGGGGAACGACCUUAUGUGUGCGAUUUGUGCGAGAAGACUUUCAGCUCAUCGUCGGAUCUAUAUAAACAUUCCAAGCGCCAUAAGAAGUACAUCAGUUUGUAAAAGUCGAGUGAAUUGAGUGCAGACUAGGAAUGGGUAACACUGUAAAUCUUCAGAUGUUGACAUCGAUACCGCUUGUCGUGUCAAUACAACAUAUCUGUGCGAUAGUGUCAUGAUACCGUAAACCAAUAGAAUGACAGAUGUGUGAGCGCGUUGGUGUCAUACGACUUCUAGCUCGUUUUCUUUGGUUUUACUGUGUUGACGCACACAGGCUUCUUUUUAUCUUUUUAAUGAAUGGAAUAAAUGAAGAUACAAUUUUUUUCCCGCGCGGUGUUGUAAUUGAAGAGUUUCUCACGAACACUAAAUACUGAUAUUAUUUUUAAAGUUUAACAAUCGUGUAAUUAGUCGUUCUGGAGAUGUUAGUUUGCCACCGCGUAGCGUUAAACAUCACUAGACUACUUUCUUUCGGGCGAAUUGAAGGAAAAAGUUUAUGCGGACAAUCCUCAAACGAUUGACCACUUGAAGCAAAAUAUUCAAGCUCAAAUCGCUCCAAUAGACCAGCAAACUGUGAAUAAAGUGCUCGAAAAUUCGUGUUCUAGAAUGAGGUACUGCCGAGCCAGCAGAGGUGGCCACUUGACUGAAAUCAUUUUACAUACUUAAUCGGAAUAUACAUUGUAUCAUAUGAAAUAAAAUAAAUAACAAAAAAUUCAAUUUUUCCUAUUCUUAUCGUUAAUUUAUAAUUCAACAUAUAUAUGGCCCACUCGGUAUAUGCUCCCUGAUUGAACUUUUUCCUAAUUUAACCGACUUCGUAUCUCUCUAUCUUGGACACCCUGUAAGAAUGAAGGCGAUUUGCCACCAUAAGAUCAAAUCGGUAAACUGGACUUAUUCAGUUUUUGUGAGCAAUCCCUCAAUUACAUUGGCCGAGUUGCCGCCAGUGUCGGAAUUCAAAUGGUCACACCGUGGCACUGCCGACCUUCACACACCGGCACUCUUCAGUAUGGGUUAAGUGUGAUGAUACUGCACCGUGAGACGAGAUGUGUCAACACAAAAUUGUGAUUCAACACAGUGUUACCCAAAGACUAGUGCAGACUUGAUAAAUAAAGCGAAACUUGCGACCAAAAGUUCACCGA